AUUUUACUUCUGAAUCUGUAAGUGUUAAAAGUGGAUAUUAUACUUUACAUUCCGAGAAGAGCAAUAUGCAAAAUGUUGGGAAUAUGAGAUAUGAAUUUUAACCGACAGGGUUUAAGUGGAUUAUGACUGCCUAGUAAUGUUUAUAGACAAUUUAUUAGCAGAAUAAACAGAUUAAACAUUAAAAAUUCCUCUUACUCGAAUGUGAUAUAAUUUGAAUAUAGGUGGGGGCAAAUGUCACAUGAUAUGUAGCAAAAUAAAACUACUUAUUGAUCAUGAGAUAAAUGACAAGAAUUGAGGUGAUGUUCAAACUACAUAUUGAAGGGAUAUCUAAAGAAAUUUUAUAUGAAUAGAAGUGACGUACAAAAAGUACUCAUUAACGGAAUAUAUGGAGAAAUACCACAUGAACUGAGGUACUUGUAUGGUUAGAAUUAUGUAGAAAUAUCACACGCAAUGAGAUUAUUUCAAAUUUUAUGUUGGGAAUAUGAACUAAUUCCACGUGCAUGGAGAUAAUAAAGAUACGCUAAUCAAAAUCCUCAUGCGGAAAAGCAUGGGUUUGUUUAUGUAUUUUCUGUUUUGUAGUAUUUGUCUAACAAUUCCUAUGUGUUAUUCUACGGAAAUAAAAAUAGGCGUGCUUCUACCGGAGGACAAUACAUAUCCCUAUAGUCGUAAGUGGAUAACACCAGCACUAGACAUUGCAGUUGAAAACGUCCUACCAUCUAUAAUUCCUGGAAUUAAGGUGUUACAAAUUGUGAAAGAUUCAAACUGUUCUGGCAACAUUGCACCUAUAGCGGCUUUGGAUUUGUAUACGAUUGAACAUGUGCAUGCGUUUUUCGGUCCGUUUUGUGAUUUUGCCUUAGCUCCUGUCGCCAGAUUCAGUCCUCACUGGAAUAUACCGGUACUCAGUGCAGGUGCAAAUGCUAGAGACUUCGAAAAUAAGAACGAGUAUAAAUUAUUAACUCGCGUACAUGCUAUAUACGCGAGUAAUGCUGAUGCCUUCAUUGCUAUAGCGGAUCAUUUCAACUGGACACAUUUCGCUUUUAUAUUUGACAGAGAUAGUGGUGAAGGAAAAAAUGACUGUCAUAUGUGGACUUCCAACGUAUAUUAUCUGAUAAAGGACAAAUUUCAGAGAGAAGCAUGGUAUCAUAAAAUUACAGUUACUGAUCAAUCUCGCUAUGGGGACAUUCUGCUUUCAGCGUCGCAAAAUUCAAGGAUUAUAGUUCUGUGUGCGAGUCCAGAUGUUAUAAGAGAGAUCAUGAUAGAGGCACGAGAACUCAACUUUGAUAACGGGGAAUAUGUCUUCCUAACGUUUGAACACAUUUCCAGCUCUGCUAAAAUUAAACAGCCAUGGUAUCGUGUAACUGAUACAGAUGAGGGAAACUGGAAAGCCAUGAAGGCUUAUGAGGCCCUCAUGAUCGUAAAAGUUCGCCAUCCAACAAGUCCUGACUAUAAACAAUUUGUCAGUGAGGUCAGACGAAGAACAAAUAAUCCUGCUUUAGAGGUCAGUAGUGUUGUAGGGGCAUUUCACGACGCCAUGGUCUUGUAUGGAUUGGCUGUCAAAGAUGCGCUGAAAGCUAAUGUAUCUUUAAGGAACGGUACAUUUAUUACACAACAAAUGUGGAACAGAACAUUUCAAGGUAUAACUGGAACUGUACAUAUAGACGAAAAUGGAGACAGAGUAACAGACUAUUCACUCUUGGAUAUGAACAUACUGACUGGAGACUUUGAGGUUGUUGCAAAUUACUUCGGACAAUCCAAGCGUUUUGAGUAUAUUCCAGAUAAAUUUAUACAAUGGCCAGGAAAUUACCACCAUGCCCCUCCAGACACACCGAAAUGUGGCUUUGACAAUUCUAAGUGUCCUCCUCAAGGUGGACAUGAAGAUAUCUCUACAGAGAAGUCAUUGGAAAGAAAAUCUGAGGAACUUUUACAGACUUUGCAACAAACUCUGACAAAGAUGUCUGAAACAAUUAAUGAACACAACGCAAGCUUGGUUGCAAUGACCAAACUUUUACAAGAGAAAAGACGUGUUGAUUUGGAGUCUUCAAUGAACUGCCGACCGGUAUUGCCAGAUAAGACAUUGAAAAGCAUUGACUGUACGGACAUACUCAAUAACGGUUACACGUCUUCUGGACUUUACAAGAUAUAUCCAACAGGUAGUAAAUCUGGAUACAAAGUACUGUGUGACCUGGAAACAGACGGAGGUGGUUGGACCAUAUUCCAGCUCAGAGAAAAUUUGACCUACGAUUUUUAUAGGACAUGGGUUGAAUAUGAAUACGGCUUUGGGGAGGUUUAUCCGACCUUGAAUUUCUGGUUGGGGCUAUUCCAGAUACACCAGAUCACGUCUCAAGGUGCAUACGAACUGCGAAUUGAAUUAGAGAACGUUACAAAUGACAGAGCUGUUGCACUAUACCAAGAUUUUAACGUAGGUAAUUCUACGUCAGGCUAUGCCAUCUCGGUGGGGUCCUUUAGAUAUGACCCAUAUUUCAACUUUCCCGGCGAUGCUUUGACUGGCGUAAACAACAUGAAGUUUUCAGCGCAUGGUAUGGACAAUGACGUAGAUGACGCAGUGAACUGUGCCGACUAUUGUCAUGGUGCGUGGUGGUACAAUGUAUGUGAGCAUGGAGACCCUGGUUCAGAUCUAAACGGACGUAUUGGAUCCGAAGAAUGUCGCCAGUUUUGGGCAAGUUACAGCCAUGACAGAAUAUCCAAAACAAGAAUGAUGUUAAGGCGUAAACAAUAGGAUUAUAUAUUUUGUUAUUUUUAGGACAUUCGAUCUCUGUAUACUUAUCUGUUUUAACUAACACGUUUUCUCCUCAGCAUAUACAGCUCGUGCUACAUAUUGAUUUGUCUUAGAAUAUUGUUCGCUUGAAUUAGUGUAUAACAUGUCAUACUUAUGUGAAAUUUAUGUAUAUUGUAUUUGCACAUUUCCGCUGUUUCAGUGUUUCCAGUUUGCUUUAAUAGAAAAUUUAGUUUGUGUUAAAUGUCAUGCGGUAUGUGCAAUUUAUAUAAAAGCACAUUUUGGCCAUCUUUAACCUUGAUUUUACUUAUUAGCUCACCUGAAUCUAAGGGUCAGGCUAUGCAAGGGUGGACAGGGUGGACUGUUAGUAUAAAUGGAUGAUCUACAAUUUACAUAAAAAAAUUCUCCUUUCAAGCUAUUGAUCAGAAUUUAUAUAGCGCAUCAAACUUGGCAAGUUUGUUCUAAUGGUACCGUUUGACGCUUUGUACAGACCGCCAGAGCCAGAGCAAAAAGUAGAAUUUUUUUUAAAUAGCGUCUUUCUAUGAACCUCUUGGUGGUUCUUCGUCCAGCAUGGGCUGUAGCAUCAUCAUAAAUUUUUCUCUCAAAUGUGUUCAAGUAUGGACACUUGGCCUCUUUUAGAAGCAGAUAGAACUAGAAUUCUAAACGACAUUUUUACCUUGAACUACUUAAUGGAUCUUCAUAAAACUUGGUCAGUAGCAUCGUUGUAAGGUCCUCUCUCCAUGUUAUUCAAAUCGGGUCUCUUUGACCCUUUUGUGAGCCACUCUACGUGUUGUUACUGAUGUUACAGGUAAAAAUAGUAAACCUUCAGACAAUUUCUGCCCAUGAACCACUUAAUAUUUUUUUACAAUUGUUCUGCUGCAUCAUUUUAAGGUCCCCGUCCAAUUGUGUUCAAAUGAAUCACCAGAGCUAAAUGUAGAAAUACUUUUAAACGACUUCUCAUGGACCGCUUGAUGGAUGUUCCUCAAACUAAAUCCAUUCUUCGUCUUAUUUAUAUGGGGACACUUACUGCCAGUAACCCCUUUUGGGGACCACAAACUGUAACUGGGAAUACCUUACAACAAUUUCUUCUCAAAAAGUUGAAGACUGAUCUUCAUUAGACUUGCUUUGUAGCGAUCCCAUAAAGUCUUCUGUUAAAUUCCUUCAAAUGAGGGCACGUCCUGCCUUUAAGGAGAUAUUACAGUUAACAUAGAAAUAUUUUAAUCAAGUUUUCUUUUUGUUAUUGCUUUCGUUGGGAUUUAAUGUUGCACCGACACAAUUAAUGUCACGGAAGGCCCUUUGUGUCCCUCUGUGCAUUGGGCGGGAACCUGGUAGAACCACCGACCUUCCGAAAGUCAGAUGAAUUGCUUCCUCACAUUAAGAAUUCAACGCCCCGAGUGAGGCUCUAGCCUACAUCGGUGAGGAGCAAGUGGUUCGAAGUCAACGACUCCAUUAAACUUAAUAAUAUCAUCUUCGUUAUGAUCUCUGUUAUAUGUUUUUAUACUAAACACAGCUAUAACCAUUCAUAAUUCAGUAUGUUAUACCUUAAUUCAAGGUCAGAGGCAGGGUCAGGUGAGAAACUAAGGGACCCGAUGUUUAACUUCUUAUAAAAAUAUAUUUCGCUAGAACUGAUGUAACAGUUUAGACUGUCUGUAAAAUAUAUGUGUAAGCAUA